AUGUGUUGUAAAUUGACGGUGAAAUCGUUAAGCGAUACUAGAUGGGAAAGCCAUGUUAAUGCCGUUAGUGCUUUGAAGACCGGAUUGAAAGGCAUUUAUUCUGCGUUAAAAGAAGUAUUGCAAAAAGAUUCACUUACACGUAUAACAGCUGAGCCCGUUGAUGCAAAAAAGAAAUUCAAAAUCAAAUUUUUCGACAUUUUGAUCACAACAGCAAUUGCUUCGAUGAAAGGGCGUUUUGAGUCAUUUACUAGCAUUUUUGAACCCUUUGAAUUUUUGUACAACAUUAAAGAAUGUGAUGAAAUGAAGGAGAAACAACUGAAAGAAAAAUGUAGAUCAUUAGAAAAAACAUUAAGUGACAAAGAAAACAAGGACAUUGAAGCAGAAGAACUUGAAAUAGAGCUGAAAUUGUUGUCUCGAAAAAUUGAAGAAGAUAGUACACCAGAGACGGUUUUCAAGUACAUUUAUAAUAACAACUUUGAAGAACUCUUCCCAAAUGCACUGAUUGCAUUGAGAGUACUAUAG